AUACGCGACGCGCGCGGGCUGUUGUGCGAUCGCGCGAUUCACCGCGGACUAUACACGGGUGUACACGGGAACGGCGCGGAGGAGAAGGAGGACCGCGAAUCGGCAAAAUAGAUCGGCACCGAAAACGGGAACAGGAGGAUAACCGUUCAUUAUUAUUGUACAUAUAUAAUAUAAUAUAGUAUUAUACCGUAUCGUAAGAUUAUUGGGAAUACGGCCCGAGCGGAUCGAUAGCGCCCGCAACGCAACGGCAUAAAAAAAAAAACAAACAAAAAAAACACCAAAAAUAUUUAUCAUCCCCCCCCGACGCGCGCACGUUCCGCACAGCAUAUUUGUAAUAACAAUAUUUCAGUAGCACUGCCGUAGCGUGGUACACGCAAUAAUCACGAUAUCAUACACGUCAUGUUCUCGUGACCAUCACGACGACACGACAACGGACAUCGUACGGCAGCGGGCACAUAGAUCGCUGGGUCGCUGGGACGCUGAAUCGCCGUCUUCGCCGUCGUCGAGAUGCAACCGCCUCCCAGGAAGGGGAAUUACGUAAAAUUUUUAAAAAAUCUCCACUCGGAACAAAUAGCAAAAUUACUUUUAAAAAACCAAAACGAAUGUGAUUUGUUGGAAGAUAUAAGGAGUUUUUUGAUCAAAAAAUCUUCCAUAGAGAAAUCAUAUUCAGAUGCAUUACUUAAAAUAUCUGUUGCUUUUUUGAACAAGAAAAUUGCUAAUAUACCGGAUAUAAAGACUGAAGGAAGUGAAGAAAAAUGGAAUAUGUGGAAUGUAUGGCGAACAGUUCUCGAAGAAAACGAAACGGCUGCAAAAGCACGAUUAGAAGCUAUCGAAGUUUUACAAAACCAAAUAAAUGAUGAGGCGAAAGCUCUUCGGGCGCAUAAACUUCAGAUUGCAAAAAAAUGUACAGAUCACUUAGCAUUGGUACAAAAAGAGCUUCAUUCUUCCGUUCAAGAUGUAGAUAAGACGAAAAAGUUUUACUUCGACGAAGAACAGAGUGCUCACGAAGUGAGAGACAAGGCUAAGGAUAUAGAAGAAAAGUUAAAGAAAAAAAAAGGCUCGUUCUUCCAGUCAAUCACUUCUUUACAAAAAAACAGUGUAAAAGUGUCUUCCAGAAGAGAAGUUUUGGAAGAGAAAUCUUCAGGAGCUAGAAACGACUAUUUAUUGAGUCUGGCAGCUGCAAAUGCUCAUCAGACGCGAUACUUUUUGGUUGACCUUCAAAAUGUAAUGAAUACUAUGGAACAUAAUGUGUAUGAAAAAGUACAAGAAUAUUUGGCAUUACUGAGUAAAAUUGAGCUACUUACGUGUACUGUAGUUCAUAAUUCGUUUAAGAAAGUCAGAGACCAAGCGCAACAAUUAAGUCGAGAGUAUAACAUGCAAUGCGUAUACCUCUUCUACCCUGUGUUGAAGCAACAUGUUCAAUACCAAUUCGAACCUUGUGAUGGAGAUGGUAUAGAUCACAUUACAGCAGAUCACGGUGGAGUAGUGACUAUACUUAGCCAAGAAGCGAAAAGGUGGGCCACACGAAUAAUUAGAGAGACAAAUAACAUAAAAGAAAAUACUAGAAAACUACAGGUCUUCCAAGCUCUCAGAGAUUCUGGACAAAAGAGUGAUCCAAAUGAUCCAAAUGGACCUGAUUUGGAAACUAAAAUAGAGUCUUUGAAAAACAGCAUUCGGAGAUCUGAAAUAGCCAAAGCUAAAGCUGAGUCUCGUAUUGAGUGUUUGAAAAAUGGAGAUGGAAAUGUUAAUGUAGAAGAAUGGUUAGCAGACAUGGGUGAUAUCAACGCCGAACUUCAACGAUCAAAUAGUACAUCUUCAUUACCAAUUGAUGGAGGUACAACUAGUGCUAUGACAUCUGACUACGAUAGUGAAGAUUACGGAGAUGGGCCUUCCGAUAGCCCAAUACCAUCUGAUCAACCACAGUCAUCGUCUCAAGAUGAAGAAGAUCGACCAGAUUCGGCGGAAAUUGAUAAAGAUUGGGCACUUGUGGAAAAAGAACGUCAACGUAUUGAACAAUUAACAGCUGGUUGGGAUGAUCCAACUCAGGUGAAUUGGGAAGAAACACGUGACACUGAAGAAAAAACGAUGUACCCUCAAACUGCUCCAGAAGAACCAGAAGGCCCUGUUUACAAAUGUACUGCGUUAUACAGCUAUACUGGUCAACAUCCUGAUGAGUUAAGUAUCGUUGAAAAUGAGCAGCUUGAAGUGUUUAGCGUAGACAGUGAUAACUAUGGUUGGUCAAAAGCUAGAAAUUACAAAGGUGAAGUAGGGUAUGUACCAUCUAAUUAUUUGGAUAUCGAGCAAGAAACGUGUGAUCCAGAAACACACGAUACCCCUACCACAUACCAACUUAGAUCACAGAUUAGCUUCUCUUCGGUGGACUAUAUGGUCAACGAUGAAGCAAACAAUCAAUCACAGCACUGUCAAUCUGAUGAAGAUGUUGAAGCUGAAGAACAAUCAUCAGAAAAAAGUAUUACUACAGUGUGGGAAAAGAAAGACGGAGGCAUCAUAGAAAUACCAUCGUAUUGUAUUGCACUAUUUGACUAUGAUGGAAAUGACCCCGAAGAAUUGGGUAUGAAAGAAGGCCAGAUUAUUAAAGUGGUCGACAAGACUACACACGUGGACGACGGGUGGUGGGUAGGCGAGUUGGGUAGCAUGAUGGGACAUUUUCCGUCGUGCCUAGUAAAAGAAUGUUACGAGAACGGUGACCUAGUACCCACACCGACAUCUGAAAACGGAGAUAGUGAUUUUUCGAAUGAAGAUCAUCCUGAGUUUGUUACAAGUGGUCCACCACCGCCACCACCACCAGUAUUUACACCACCCGAAUUACCAACACAUUUGUUUCCGACUCAAGUGAUUGUUACCCAACCGACGCCAAUUGGUGAUCACGGACCUCCUGGAAGUUUCGCUCCAGAAGUUCCACCCAAAUCGAAUGAAUUUUCAAUGGUGAUAACUCAAAAUCAACAAGAACAGUAUGACACGCAAUUUACGGAGGAAUCUUCUGUUACAGUUACAGUAAACGUGCCCGGUGUACCACAACUGUUUAUAGAAAACGAGGAUGACGGUUCUGGGCCUCCCGACGCUCCACCACCACCGGCACCUGCACCAGCAUCCGACGGGCUGGGCGUCGCUCAAAUCGUCAUCACCGCCGCCACGCCAAUGAUGGAAGAACCGGAAAAGCCGUUUGGUCAAGAGUCAGAUACGGUCGAGACCGAAGCCGAGCACCCCAGCGCGGGUCAAUCGGAAUCGAAAUCGGAAGAGGAGCACCGCAUGAGCGUGGACAGUGAUUAUUUCCCGGCCACAAUACCGGAAGAAUCCGAAGACGAUCUGAAGUUGCUCGAAAACGAUCACCACGCCGACACGGGUUUGCCGUCCGAACUCGAACCCGGACAGCUGGCCAAACUUCACGAUCUUAAAGAAUCGAACGCUUAGAUAGAUUUUUUCAUUGUCUUAUUACUUCUUUUUCAAGGUCGAUUAUAAAUAUUAUUUUUAAGGUUCUACGGUUCUACCUAUUAUAUAUUAAGACUAUAAGUGUUCUUGUUUAUGUCGUUAUCGAUCAGUAGAUAACCAAACCUAUAACACUUGCUAUAUAUAAUAUAAACUAAAUGCUUAUGAUAUAAUAUAUAUAUACAACACAUAAAGCGAAACUUAUGUGAUUGUAUGUGUAUGCUAUACGUUUCUGUUUUAGUAGUAAAAUGUUAACCGUCAAUAAUAUUUCUUUACCACACGUAUAUCUUAUUAAAAGUAUAUAUUAUAUAUAUAAUCAGAAGCACGUUUAGAGACAAAAUUAAAGAUGAAUUUGUUCUAGUAUUAUUCUUCUUGUUAAAUAUUAUUUUCAAUAGGGUAGAAAAUAAUUAAAUAAUUAUUAUGAAUCUUAUAGUUUGUAUAAGUGACAAACGUAUUAUACUAUAUUAUGUGACAUUUAAAUAUCAAUAAAAAUGUAUUUUAUAUUCUCAGUUUAUGUCUACCAAGAUCGAUUCAUUUGAUUCACUCCAAAGAAUAUAAGGAUCAUAUUUUUUUCACAUUAAUCCUAGCUGAAACAUACAUAGUCUGACUUGGUAGUUGGUGUUUCAAUAAUAUAUAAAUUACUUAAUUAUUGUGAACCUACUUUGUACUAUUGUAUAAAAAUAUCUACUAUCUAAAAUUAUAGUGAAAAUUACAUAUUUUUAUUAGUUUGUCUACAAUAAUUAAUUGGAUAUAAUAUUGGUUAUAAUAAGACAUAUACUAUGAUAAAGAUUAUUGUAACUUUACACCGAUAAUAGUGAUCAACUGACGAUUGACCGGGAAUACAUUUAAGUAUACCUUAUGUUAUAUGAUAAAUGAUUUAUAUGGGUAUUGCCUAAAUAUUAUUUAAAAACAAAUUACCUACUCAAUAUAGAUCGUGAAUAGUAUGACGUUUCAUUAUUCUUUUGUAUGGUUUAAAACGAAAAAUGAACAAGCUAGUUUCGAUUUUGAUAACCAAAUGUAUACAAUAUUACAAAUCGAAAGUUAUAGCCGUUAUAGGUAUGUUUAGAACUAUUUGGUCAAGAGUAAUAAUUUGGGAUGUUUUCCUGCAAUUUUUUUUUCUUAAAAUUUGUUUUGAUUUAAUUUUAAGUCUCAAGUCUGGCGGUUAUUAGAAUGAUUAUGGACGGGAUAAAAAGACGUCUAAACGUCCUGAAUAUUUUAAAUCUAUUAUAAUAUUAAUAUAUUAUUAUGUACAAAGAUUGUCGUUUUAUGUUUUCUACAGUAUUUACGCGUUCUACCUAUACCUGUACUUUUUAAUUUUAUUUUAAAAAUAUUAAGUAACUUGCCUGUUAUUGUUACGCUUUUGAAAAUAAUUUCAAAAAUAAACGUACAACUAAAGCACGAGCGUCAUUAAUAAAUUAUAAUAAUUAUUUGUUAAUGAGAUAUCCAUUAUUAUGCAUUGCGAGUACAAUAUUAUUGUGUUUUAAUUACCAAUACCACUAAAACACCGAAUUAUUGUUUAUUCAUUUACAAAAUGCCAAUUUUUAAACAACGUAAUUACGACAUAAUUUAGUAUAUUAUAUUUUAAUACUUGACAAUUGUUGUAUUCACAUGAUGACCAUAUAAUUUUAAUUGUUAAACAUUGAAGUUGAUACAUUAAUUUGAUUUAUAUCAACGCCAUUUUACAAAAUAUCAUGUUUAUAUCGAAACAACAGAGAAAGGAAAAAUAUCUCUAUAACAUUUUCCAAACACUGUCAAAUCGUUUUAUAUUAUAUAUUAUAUUGAAUUCACAACAGACACGUUCGGUGGUAGAUAUGUGAUAUAAAUCACGUUUACCUUCGAACUGAUGAGUAUUUACUUUAAUAUUAUUGUUUUAAAAAAAAAAUAUUUUAAUCGAAUGAAAUAUUUGGGCUUAUGUUUUUAAUCAAGUCUAUUGCUCAAAUAGAGCACCAAGAAUCAUAUUUAUGUCUGAAUAAAUAAUAAUAUUAUUAUUAGUUAUUGUUAUUAAAUGCUGUAAUAUUUGUAAUAUGUUAUUAUUAUUUGUUUUUCUUAUGACGAUUUAUAUUUUGUUCUAUAUAAUUUUGGCGAGAAGGAAUAUGAUAUCAUGCUUGUGCAUCUUAAAUAGCUACCAUAGACAAUUUUAUUAUUAAUUGUUAAAGGAGUGCCUUUUUCGUGUACGUGUAUGACAUAUUAUAUUAUAGUCGUUAAAAUGUUAAAUGGAUACAAACAAAACUUAAAUCCAUAGGCAUUACAACUAAAUUAAUGAAUAUUUGUUUGAAGCAUAUAUAAAUAGUGAUAUUUGGUAUCCUAAUUAUUACUACCUACUAUAUCAAUAAAAAACAAAUAAAUAUUUCGUAGCAAUAUUUAUACAUUAUAACGAUUAACAACGGUUUCUUUUAUAUAGAUCAUUUUAACACUUUUAAA